CAAUCCAAGAUGGCGGACGGAAAGGACAUCAAGAAGUUCUUGGCAAAUCAUCCCCAUUUUGAACUUUUCAAAGAUGACCAGAUGAGAGAAAAGAUCAGAUGUAACUUAACAGGACAUGAGUUACCAGCCAGACUGCCAGACCUUGAAAACUAUAUCAAAGGGAAGAAGUAUCAGAGACUAAUUAAGGAAAUUCCUGAUGAAUCCCCUGGGUAUGAAGAAUACAAGGAAUACUUAGUGCCAAGUGGAAAAAAGGGCAAUCAGUUACAUUGCCAGUUGACCAAGAAAUACAUUAACAAUGUUCCUCAUCAUAUUCAAAGACACAUCACAGGAAAACGCUUCAAACGGGCGCUGGAGAAACUUAAAAGGGACAAGAAACUUGAAUCUGAGGAUGCAGAUGAAGACAUGUGGGUUCCGUCUGACCUUGAAUCAGAACCUGAUGAAGGGGAUGAAGAGGAAAAGAUGGACGAGGUUGAUUCUGGUGGAGAGUUCUCAUCAGAAGAUGAGGAUGAUACAUAUGAGAGAAAAAAUCAAACUGGAUUGAAAAGGACACUGAAGGAAACUAGCAAGAGUGAACCAGCGAAAAAAGUUAAGGGAAGCGUAACUGAAUUUCUACCAAAGGACGAGGGCAUUAAAAACCGUAAAACAAAAAACAGGAAGAAAGCGAUGAAAUCAUAACCAGCGCACCUAUGACUGAAUCUUUUUCAAAUAUCUGCCUCCUAUUGAAGCAAGAGCGAGCGUGACAUCAGUAUUGUCGAUGUUACACCUCCGAACGUUGUGUGUAUCACGGAAGCGUCUAGCUUCCUUGGGGAAAGUUAUAGGAUACAGUUUUUACAAGUUGUCAAGAGAGGACAAGGUUUGCUUUAGUCUUUGAACACGAGUAGUUCGACCUCACUCAAAGGACAAAUAAGCUGAUUGAGAGGCGAAGAAAGCAAAGGCAAACAGAGAAUGUGCAUGGUAGUUUUACUCUCUUCAGGGUAAUUGUAUUUUCAGAAGAGAUGACCAAGUACAACUGAAUGAUGUUAAUGAGUAGGAAUAAAACUGUCUCAUUUCAUGAA